AGGCGGCUGUGGCAUCUCCAGCACGCACUUCGCAAGCAUUUGCUUUCGAUAAUUUAUUAGUUCAACCGCUACCGUUUAUCUGUAACUUAAGUCUGAAUCCACCUUUACCGCGCGGCUCGAAGCGGAGCAAAACUGUUCUGCUGUGCAUUGUUCCACGAACUUCGCUCGGUGUGCUUUCUGGGGUGCAUAAUCGCCUGUCUGUUGCUGCAAUCGCGUCGUGUACACUGUGGCGUGUGAAUUCUGAGCCCUUUCCCGCAAAAGCCGCCCAUUAAUGCCACGGAGUAAACGUUCUAAUGCGUUAGUAAACGUGUACAUCGCGCAGUAAGCAUAGCUAACGGUAGCUUAAUGAACGGAAUCCCUCGCCUGGAACGCCUCCACUGAAAGAAACGGAGCCAGCGCAGCGGUGUUUAAGGACGUCUUCGACGAAGAACAAGAAAACCGCUGCGCGCUUGCUGUCACUUCUUUCGCACGCACGCACACACGCACAGAAUCUUCGCAAGCCCGCACGUAAACGCGCGCGUAUCUGUCGGCGAUCGAAGUGCGCUUUUGAAGUCAACAGACAACACGCCGCACGGAACCAAGCGGUGCAAUGCCGGAUUACAGCGAUCUCGACCGACAGAUCGAGCAGCUGAAACGAUGCGAAAUCAUCAAGGAGCACGAGGUUAAGGCGCUGUGCGCGAAGGCUCGCGAAAUUCUCGUCGAAGAGGGGAACGUGCAACGCGUCGACUCGCCGGUCACGGUGUGCGGUGACAUACACGGACAGUUUUACGAUCUGAAAGAGCUGUUCAAAGUCGGGGGCGACGUACCGGAGACGAACUACCUGUUUAUGGGCGACUUCGUCGAUCGGGGUUACUACAGUGUGGAAACAUUCCUGUUGCUGCUCGCACUCAAGGUGCGCUACCCGGACCGCAUCACGCUGAUUCGCGGCAACCAUGAGUCACGCCAAAUCACACAGGUUUACGGGUUCUACGAUGAGUGCAUACGCAAGUACGGUUCGGUGACGGUGUGGCGCUACUGCACCGAAAUCUUCGACUAUCUGUCGCUAUCCGCGAUUAUCGACGGUAAAAUAUUCUGCGUUCACGGUGGUCUGUCGCCCUCGAUACAGUAUUUGGAUCAGAUCCGUUCGAUCGACCGGAAGCAAGAGGUGCCACACGAUGGUCCAAUGUGCGACCUAUUGUGGAGCGACCCGGAAGACACGCACGGGUGGGGCGUAUCGCCUCGGGGAGCUGGAUAUCUGUUCGGCUCGGACGUAGUGUCACAGUUCAAUGCCGCCAACGAUAUCGAUAUGAUCUGCCGGGCGCAUCAGCUUGUGAUGGAAGGGUACAAGUGGCACUUUAAUGAAACCGUGCUUACCGUUUGGUCGGCCCCCAACUACUGCUACCGGUGUGGCAAUGUGGCAGCGAUUUUAGAACUGAACGAAAACCUGCAACGCGACUUCACGAUCUUCGAGGCAGCCCCACAAGAGAGUCGUAUUAUUCCAUCGAAAAAACCGCCAGCAGACUAUUUUCUAUAAGCCCUUUCGCUUCGCUAUGACUAGACACAUUAUCAUCCUUCCCUUUUCGCGACUGUGCAACUACCGAUAAACGACGGGGAACUUGAUCAAAGGCGUCACCCAAGUUAGGUUGAUCGUAAAGACAACGGCAGAACUGUACGAUUGAAUCUAUUAUUUACUACACAACUUGAACCCGUGCUAUUUUUAAAUUGUGUUUUAUUUCUAUUCGCAAGAUGCGUGCAACCGGAACACAAAAAAGAGAUAGAUUGCCUUUCCUGUAGCGCGAAACUGGCGUGCGUUAAGCUGCAGACGCUGCAGCUCAAUGGUUUGCUUGAGAAAAUAUUGAUUUUUAUGUGAAAUUCCCAAACACCUCUGUAGAGAUGUAGACAUGUUUUCCUAUGAGUGAACAAACAACAACACAGAAAAGCCUGAUUUGUAAACAAUAAUAAACUAAGAGAGGCAGAAAAUCGCAGAAAAAUCCGGUUCGUUUAUCAUUCGUCAAUGCAUGAAUCUUUUGGUGCGGCAUCGAGGGAAGCAUUCCGAUGGAUACAGAUGCAGAUACUGAUAGGUGAGAAGCAAAAUAUCGGCAUGCGGCAUGAAUUAUAAGAAACAAUCCAAAAGUUUACAAUUGUAAAACUAUUGACACCAUAACCUCAUUAUAGUACAUUGCCAAGCCAGGCACUGUGUAUACUUGAAAAAGAUCGGCUAACAAUUAGAAUAGGUUUCAACAAUAUACAAUAAACCGACUAGGGGCCACUGCAUACGAGAACGAGACGUUUCGUAUGGUGCUCGUUGAUAAUCUCGACCACGGAUCAUUUGGGGAUAAUAAAUCAUACAUAA